AUGGCCGAGGCCAGAUCGCAACACCACGCCGGCAGCGCCGAAGCAGCGAGCACACGCGACCCAGAAGCCGAGGCCCUGCUGUUCGACGACGACGCAGGGUCCUCAGACGGCGAUGACGAUCUCGGGAAGCAACAACACCAGCAGCAACAACAACAUGACCCGACAGCGGCCUUCGACGCAAAUGGGGCAACAAGGCCGGCGCACGGCGCGAUGAGGCCGCCCCAGUCCCCAGGGACGCCGACACCACCGGGCCAGCGAACGCCGCGCACGCCACAGCGCGUCCGCUUCGACCCGAACCCCACGAUCCUCCACGGCCGGACGCCCAAUGGCACGGCGGACAGCUUCGACAGCCAGCGGCGCGGGUCGUCGUCGUCCUCGCAGCGCGACAGCUUCGACGACCUCGACUUCGACAUCGGCGGCGGCGGGCCCGACGGCGACGCGGACGGGCAGCACCGGCGGCCGCUGCUGACGGGCAUCGAGGCGCCCAGCGUGGCGCUGGCCAACGGGCCCUGGGGCGGCGAGCACGAGGACGCCGAGGGCUGGGCUGAAAGCGAGCGGCAGCGGCCCAAGUCGGGCCUGCGGUCGGCCUUCAUGAACAUGGCCAACAGCAUCAUCGGCGCGGGCAUCAUCGGGCAGCCCUACGCGUUCAAGCAGGCCGGCCUGCUGUCGGGCGUCGUCCUGCUGGUCGGGCUCACCUUCGUCGUCGACUGGACCAUCUGCCUCAUCGUCGUCAACAGCAAGCUCAGCGGCGCCAACAGCUUCCAGGGCACCGUCGAGCACUGCUUCGGCCGGAGCGGCCUGAUCGCCAUCAGCCUCGCCCAGUGGCUGUUCGCGUUCGGCGGCAUGGUCGCGUUCGGGGUCAUCGUGGGCGACACCAUACCGCACGUGCUGCAGGCUGUUUGGCCCGGCCUCAGGGACACGCCGGUGCUCUGGAUACUGGCGGAUAGGAGGGCUGUGAUUGUGAUAUUCAUACUUGGGGUCAGCUACCCGUUGACGUUAUAUAGGGACAUCGCGAAGGUGAGUACAUCCUUCCUUGUGUCAAAUGUCCCUCCCGCCAUCCAUCUCAGGAUCUUUGCCAGACGCAUGCUGACCCUCGAGAAGCUUGCCAAAGCUAGCACGCUUGCCUUGAUCAGCAUGAUGGUCAUUCUAGUUACUGUCGUAAUCCAGGGCGUUUUGGUGCCCUCAGAGGAUCGUGGAUCCUUCAGCACGCCACUGCUCACGGUGAACUCAGGCAUACUCUCGGCGAUAGGGGCUGUCGUGAUUCUGACUGCCUACGAAGCCUUUGUAUGCCACCACAACUCCCUCCUCAUCUAUGGCUCCCUCAAGACGCCGACCAUCGACCGCUUCAGCCGCGUCACGCACUUCUCCACGGGCGUGUCGAUGCUGGCGUGCCUGCUGAUGGCGCUCGCCGGCUUCGUCACCUUCGGCGACAAGACGCUGGGCAACAUCCUCAAUAACUUCCCCGCCGACAACACCAUGGUCAACAUCGCACGCCUAUGCCUCGGCCUCAACAUGCUCACCACACUGCCCCUCGAGGCCUUCGUCUGCCGCGAGGUCAUGCUUAACUACUACUUCCCCGGCGAGCCCUUUAACAUGCACCUCCACCUCAUCUUCAGCACAAGCCUCGUCAUCAGCGCCACCGUGCUGAGCGUCAUGACCUGCGACCUCGGCUCCGUGUUCGAGCUCGUCGGCGCUACGAGCGCCUCCGCCAUGGCCUACAUACUCCCGCCGCUCUGUUACAUCAAGCUGUCGUCGAGGUCGUGGAAGACGUACGUCGCCGUCGCCGUCGCCAUUUUCGGCUGCUGUGUCAUGGUCAUAAGCGAAGGGGGCGUGGCUCAAUGCAUGUAG